UAUUUUAAAAUCAUUCCUUAUGUUUAUAUAAACCACAGGUCGAAAUGAACUGAUAGCUCGUUACAUAAAACUGAGAACCGGGAAGACAAGAACCCGAAAACAGGUUUCCAGUCACAUACAAGUUUUGGCCCGAAGAAAAUCAAGGGAAAUGCAAUCUCAAUUCAAGGACCAGGCGACUAAAGACAAAGUGUUACAAAGUAUGGCAUCUAUGUCUUCCGCACAGAUCGUGUCGGCAGGGGCGCUACAGAGCAAUAAUAUGGAACUUGCACCCAGGCCGCCUUACACUAAGCCGUUCUGGCGAGGACUUGUUGGCCAACCCGACGCAGAUAUCAAGCCCUUCAGCAAUCCCCCAUACGCCCUUCAAGCACCUGGUUCUGCCCUUGUAGGAAGCAGUCUUCCAACUUCGAACGUUAGUAUACCGGCAUCGAGACCUGGACAAACCAUAAGUUCAGGUUAGUACCUCAUUACAAAUC